UUCUUUUUUUUUUUUUCUGAAUUCGUGUGCGUCUGGAGUGGACUAUACUAACACAACUUGACCUUAGCAAACUUGUGUCUUUUCACGGAAUUUUCAUACAAGUGGAAUUCCGGACUAAAACAAAGAAAAAUGGGGAUUCAGGGAAACGCAGCACCAUCUCAGUAUAAACAGAAAUCAAGAAAGAACAAAAGUUCUUGGAGAAAGCAUAUUGACUUGGAAGACGUUGAGGGUGGCCUUCAAGUUGCCAGAGAAGAAGAAAUUCGAGGUGACGAUGUGUCUAAAAAGUCCAAUGACUCUCUGUUCGUAGUUGAUACUUUUGGUGAUGACCGCGUGGCCAAGAGAAGCAGAAAAAAGAUCAAGCCCUUGAAAGUAGAUGAAAUUUUACAAAAUAAGUCUGCCGUUCAAGGGCUACCGUCAAAGCCUAAGACCAGUGGUUAUGGGUUAAACAUGGACAAUAAGGGCAAAGUUAUGUCGAAGAACGAAUUGAACCGCUUAAAGUCUUUGGUGCAUAGAAAUCCCUUGGGUCCUACUGCUUCGGCAGCAGCAGCUAGCUUGAAGACUCAGAAAGAGGAGCCUGCAUACGAUGUUUGGGAGAGCACAACGGAAUCUACGAUUCCUGUAAAGCGUCCUUCUACACUUUCUAAAGCACCUGAAAACCUUGCUGAAAACGUGGAACAUGUUCCCAAUGUUGAGGUUGCUGAUCCAGGCAUGUCUUAUAAUCCUGAUGCUAGUGCAUGGAUGGGUCUCAUUGAUCGAAAGGGUUCAGAUGAGAUCAAAAAAGAGAAAGAACGCCUUCAAGAGAUUGAACAUCAAAGAAUGAUCAGCUCUAAAAUAAACGAUGAUAAGGGUUUAGUUUCAGACGAGAAUGAAGGUUCUGAGAAUGAAGAAAGCACAGUGGAUGCCGAAAACCAGAUUGAGGGUUUGCAUAACAAGACGAAACCUAAGCGUAAGACAAAAUCUCAGCGAAACAAGGAACGUAAAAGAAAGGAUGAAAUUGCGAAAUUAGAGGCUGCGAAGAAGCAAGAACAAUUGCUUAAAAUGAUUGAUAGAGCUCCAAAUAUCUCAAAGUCUUUGAACAAUAACGAAGACGGGAAUAAGUCGCUUGAGCCCUCAAAUGAUAUGGAUGUUCCCGAAAUUCGUUUAAAGAAGAGGAAAUUUGGCAAACACAAGUUACCUGAAAAUCCUUUGGAAUUGAAAUUGGGUGAUGAAUUAACCAGCUCCCUAAGAGAAUUAAAACCCGAGGGCAAUUUAUUCAAAGACAGGUUUCUCAGUCUUCAGCGCAGAGCUAUCAUCCCGCCAUCAUUGCCUACGAGUAAGCGUUCACGAUAUGGUACUAAAUUGAAAGAGAAGUACAGCCACAAAGACUUCCACUUACAAAAGACUGGUAUUUAAUUUUCUUAACUUUGGAUUUCGGGAUCUAUUUUUUGGGUCGGUAGCAUAGCUAUUUAAUUAUAUGUUGGUUUAAUAAUGUUCGGCAAACUUAUAUUGAUACAAUACG